GUGCUUUCACACCUGUUGCUCUCUGAUGUGAAACUUAACCUGCUCCGGAGCAGGUAGAUCUACUGCACAGGUUAUCAUAGCGAUUUAUGUCGGUAAUAAGUGAGCCACCUUCAUAGUAGGCCACGGAAGUCACCCGGAUAAACCGAGACUUUGCUUCGUAGUAGCAGUAGAGCUUUUAUGUCGUUAUGGCAUCCGCUAGACGGAGAAACAAUGAGACCUCGUUAGACGAAUGUCAGUCAUCGAGCAAGCUGCCGCGGAAUGACAAGAGUCACAUAGCAGCUUUAAUUUUAGCUCGAGGGGGGAGCAAAGGGAUCCCGCUGAAAAACAUCAAGAUGCUGGCCGGGGUCCCGCUCAUCGGGUGGGUGCUGAGGGCCGCCAUGGACUCGGGAAUGUUUGACAGUGUGUGGGUAUCAACAGACCAUGAUAAAAUUGAGGAAGUUGCAAAGGCAUGGGGUGCUCAGGUGCAUCGGAGGAGUCCUAAAGUCUCCAGAGAAUUUUCCUCAUCAGUAGAAACCAUCCAGGAGUUUCUUGAGGACCAUAAAGAGGUGGAUAUAGUUUGCCACUUCCAGGCUACAUCACCGUGUCUCCACCCGUUCCACGUGAAGGAGGCCUUAGAGAAGAUCACGGUGCACGGUUACGAUUCAGUCUUCGCAGUGGUCAGGAGACACCAGUUUCGCUGGAAGGAGGUCGAAAAAGGAUCUGGUGAGCAAACAGUGCCGUUCAAUCUGGAGCCAGCCAAACGGCCGCAGCGUCAGGACUGGCCAGGGGAGCUGUGUGAGAAUGGCUCAUUUUACUUCGCCAAAAAAGAGAUCAUUGAAAAGGAAGGACACUUGCAGGUAAAGGUGGUGUCAGCUUUUAAUCAACUAUCCAUUCCCUUUCCUAAUCCAGCCUAUGUUUCUCCAAUCAGGUACGGUUACUUCGGUAAGGUCACACCAGAAGUGGUCUUCCUAAUGUUCUGCAACAUUUCCGGCUGUUUAACUGAUGGAAAGAUCUUUAUGUCUGAGAGGCAAUGGUGUCUGUCGAACACCAGAGACACAACUGGGCUUCGGAUACUGCAGAACAAGUUGAGCUCAUACUGUUGA